GAUUCUUCCUCGGGGCGAAGGCAGACAUGGAGGAGCUGAGCGCCGUAGGAGAGCAGGUUUUUGAUGCGGAAUGCAUUUUAAACAAACGACUACGAAAGGGGAAGUUGGAGUUUCUGGUGAAGUGGAGGGGAUGGUCGUCCAAGCACAACAGCUGGGAGCCCCAAGAGAACAUCCUCGACCCGAGACUGCUUGCAGCGUUCAACAAGAAAGAGCAAGAAAAGGAACUUCUGUUGCGCAAGAAAGGGAAAAGGCCGAGAGGACGACCACGGAAAAUAUUGGAAAAUGUGCCUGAAGUUCCCAAAUCAAGCAGCUCUUCCUCUGGUUCUUCCUCCUCCUCUGAUUCCUCGUCUUCCUGUUCCUCCUCCGACUCCUCAUCUGACGACGAUGACGACGACAACAGCAGCAACGCGAAAGCGGCGAAUCCGAGCAUCAGAACUCGAGAGCUUCACCCCGUCCCCCAGAAGAAGGCACAGAUCGUCGUGGCCAAACAGGAGCCCCCCAAGAAACGGAGCAAGAAACCGGACGUGAAGGAAAUCCAACUGAGCAAAGGCGCUCGCAAAGUCCUGAAGACGUCCAAGGAUGUGGAUGUUCCGGGUACGAUUAAGAAACCGGUUCACCCGGCGAGUUUUGCUUUCAUGGGUUUUCAUCGGGGCUCGCCUCGGGAUGCGGCGGGCGCUCAGAGCAGGACCUCUUUGACCCAGGGAGGGGCGGUUAAAAACUCAGCCAGCUCUGUGGUAUCUGGGAGGUCAGUCCAGCCUGCCUCCCCCUCCAUGAACAAAUCCAUCCUGAACAGGAGCGCCAGCGAGGGGAAACUGUCUGUGAACAGCGGGACAAGUCUGGAUUUGAAAGCAGCUGCGAGUAAAUCCAAAGGGGUCGCAGCUUUGAAUUUGAAUACUUCCAAGCACCCCAUUCAAGGGACCACUCAGCAUACGCUAAGUUCCCCCAAUGGACAAAAGAAACCCCAGACCCCUGUGUCAACACUGCAGCGGAUACCCAAUACUAAAGCGAUGGCGUCCCUGCCAUCUAAGAAUGCUGCAUCCAAUCAAGGAUCUGGCCUUCAGCCUCUCAACCUCCAGAGCAAACAGGCGCAAAGCAACAAGGCUCCUGGGAACGGGACUACUCCAGGAUCAGGCCUGAGAAAUGCAACAAACCCUGCAAGGAAAACUGCUGUCACACAAAACCAGGAGUAUAACCUCCCUAAGAGUCCGGCAACACCCGGGAGACUACCCGCAAGGAACACUCAGCCUGUAGCGGACAAAGCUCACGAGGUGACGACAGAAAUCCAGAACCAGAGAGUCCCAAGCAGGCUGGAGAAAAGUGGGAUCCAGAAAUCCUCCACAGAGAUCCAGAGCCAGCAGGAGAGAUCGGCCCCCAAGGACGGCAAGAAAGCCAAAAUGAACGACAUGAGCACGGGCGAGGACGAAAGCAGCUCGGAGUCGGAUCAGGAUUCUCCCUACGCUGGGACAGGAGCCAUCCAGAACCAGGACUGGAAGCCCACCAGAAGCCUGAUAGAACAUGUGUUCGUUACGGAUGUCACGGCUAAUCUGGUAACCGUCACAGUCAAGGAGUCUCCGACCAGCGUGGGCUUCUUCAGCAUUCGCAACUACUGAAACUGCAAACCAGAUGUGGGCCUUUGAAGCAAACAGAGACGGUUUGAGAUCAAACCUGCAGCCCGGAGAAUUCCUGAGGAAUGCGGAAUGCGUCAAGGAACCGCGGAUAAUUUGUUUUCUGGCGAAGGACCAGUUUUUAGUUUGAAAAGAAAAAGAUACAGAGGACAGAAUACGAGUUAUUGUAGUGUUUAUUUAUUUGCCUAAAUCUGCUUAUAUUCUAGAAAUAGCAGCAGAGGAGGAUCAGUACACAGUCUGCAUUUUGGUCCUGCCUGAUCAUCUCAAAAGAGACAAAUCCUCGCUUGUGUCAUCACUGGGAUCCCGGAGAAACAUAACUUAUUCAGUAUAUUCAUCGUUUUCAGCGUGGAGCUAUGAUUAGAAAUCAUACCUCCCAUUCUUGUUGAUCUCUUUUUGUUUCUUUGCGUUCGUGGAAUGAUCUGAAGAAGCGAUGAAGUCGUAGCACGAGCGGGUUUAGCAUCCUCUAUCGGUAGCAAACGUUUAGUUCACAAUCUCAAUAGCUAAGUUUUUUAACUCUUAGUAUAGUAUUGUUUAUUCUAUAUGAUAAAUUAGCUACCUCUUUUUCCUACAUUUGCUGCAUAUGUAUAUUCAUAUCUCGUGGGGGUAGGAUGACCUCUCCCUCCAGGGUAUACUGUAUAUCACUGUGUCCUCCAUUUUUGUUUUUAUAUAGCUCAAAUUUGAUUGGACUCUGCUCUUGUUUUAAUAUCAGCGACCACCUCAAAACUCCAAAAUAAUGCUCACCAUCAUCACCAGCUUUUAAUUCCACUUUGCAGCCAGCUUGCUCAGCACAGUUUACCUGGCAUUUUGGACAUCUGGUUGCUCCCUGGCGUUGAUAAGUCUCCGUCAGUGCUUGCUUGAUUUAGCUUUUUUUUUUUUUUUCCAGUUCUGACCUUCAAAGAAGGAAUUCACCAGCAACUUCUUUCCUAUCAGACUUAUAUUUUUUUAAAUUUAAAGGUAUAUUUUUAGGCAUUUUUGCCUUUUAUUGACAGGACGGCUGAAGAGAGACAGGAAAUGUGAGGGAGUGGAGAGUGGGGGAUGACAUGCAGCGGAUGGUCGGCCGGCUGGGAGUCGAGCCGGCUGAUCGGCCUCUGCGACUGGGACUGUUAUAUGUUCUAUAUACCUGUCUGCUCCUGCCUCAAAGCUCCCCAUCAGCCCUUUGAGCUGGCUUUGAAGCCAUUGUGGGAAAAAAGUUGGGCGUGGACAAAGCUCGACUGUAAACCGUUGGCAUUGUUCAGCGCCGACCACAAAACUCCAGGUUUCGCUGUGUCUGUUGGUGUACCAAAACGCAAAGUUGUUUUUUUCACUCGCUGCAGCUGCAGAUGUCUCAAUUCGCCCCACCCUGCCUGCAUGGGUUCAGGAACUGCAGGCCCAGCCCUCCCAGAGAGAGAGAGAAAGAGAGAGAGAGAAACAGAGAAAAGGUUUUUAUCUGAUGUAACGGAAAAGAAACCACAACAAAUGUGCGCUACUUUCUGUUCCCCCGAGAGGAGUUCGGCAACCAAGCACUUCAACUGAACUCUUGUCUGACCCUGCUCUGCAGACUGUGCCUUUCUUCCCCCUCAAAGACUAAACACAAAAGGCAUUACCCCAAAGAUAGCUAGAAUUUCAGGUUGUUCAAUAAAAGGAGCGCCCCUAGAGUAAAGCACCGAGACGGACUAUCUUUAUUUACUUGUCUGUAUUGUUUUGAAAAAAAAAAAGGCCCUGCUGGUAGACUAAACAUGAAUGCGUGUGAAGGACACAUUUCUGCUGCCCUUACUGAGACAAAGACACAGAAGUGGGUCCCAGUAAGGAUUGCCAAACAAAACAGAACAAGUGCAUUCUCCUAUUACAUGACUUUCAGGUAUAAAAAACAAACAUUAUUUGACUGUUUCAAAUGCAUCAGGUGGUAGAAAAAUACCAGUUUGAGUGCAAUCAUGUGUUUAUAAGACUUUAUUCUAUCGGGUAUUUAAACUGAUGGAGAGAAUGAACUCUGCAUAAUCUUGUUUUCCAGUUUUGUUUUAGAUCUACUAACCCUCUCAAGAGAAUGUUUCUGUCUCUUUACAAUCUAUUUAUUUCAAAUCAGGCGCCUUUCAGGGUAGGACAGCGUCGUCAAUCCUUGUAUUGUGCCACCUGUCGAAGCGACUAAUAAAUGGUACAGCCUUU